AUGUUGGACGACGACCUCGAGUUCGUGGAUUUGUUCAACAACCUAGAUUCUAUUUCUAAGAGACGUGACCCUCGCCUGGUACGUCUUGCUGUGGUUGCUUCAGCGCUAAAGGAGGUGGCAGGAGCUGAUCCUUCUCCUGCCAAAAUUUUCUCAGUAGCAAUUGAAACCUUGGAUGGAACUCUUCAUCAACAUCACAUAGAUGAAAAUGUUCUUUUGGACGCAAUGUCCACUCAGAGAGCUUUAUUGGAUAUUAUCGGUCUAGCCGUGACUGGUAUCGCACCUGGAACGCUUGCUGCUACUGUGUCACAGUCUUCGAGGACUCUGCGCGGUUCAAUUCAAGCGUGUAUGUCGCUUGACACACAAAGUUCGCAAUCCGUGCUCUUUACAACUCGUGACGGCCUUGAUGUAACCAGCUCUUUUCUUUAUAGUGCUUGUAGAGCAAUUUCGGGUUUGUUACGACGCCUUCCGAAUACUGUAGACAACAAAACCGUCGCCGAGCUCUUUCGCUCUACCAUCCUUAUGCUCGUGUCAGAUACAAGAUCAAAGGUGAAAACAGUUGCUGUAAGGGAGUUAUGUAUUCUUCUCGCUAUGGAUUCCCCAAAGUGUCACGUUGUUGUCCAUAAAGAAACGACCGCUUUUGUGAAUAGGCAGAUGAACACGUCAUUGAAAGUUCUUGCUGACAGGAAAUCCACUGAGGAUUUCAUCGAACUCCUCGACUUCCUUCGUCACGCUUUGAUUUUCCUGGACUUCUCAGUUGUUGGGGGCCGAAUAAUGAAGUUGUUGGUUGCACUCUGCGAGGCUGCUUCAGUGAGUGAUGAUAUUCACUCUGAUUCUAUCGCGACUGCGCACCUAUCGAAACAUACAGUGCCCACAAUAAAUGCGAUACUGGCAACUGUGCUGGCUAUGCUCGAGCAUGAUGCCGCAGCUGCGAAGAGAGAGAGGUUUUGUUCUUUUGCUUCGAGAGUUCUUGCAAGCUUGGCACAGCAGCAACCAACUCUAAUAUACCGUCAUGGAGCAGCUGAUAGUGAAGUACUUUCAAGCGGCAGAGCUAUUUUUGGACAGGUAAUGCUGUCCUCUUCCCAACAUCUUCUUCACGGGAAUGGGGAAGAAAGGAAGACAGCCAUGAUGCUGCUACCAUUGUCAAUUCGACACAUCGUGAGUCUUUCCAAACCAUUGGACACAGAAGACGACGACAGUGUUGCUUUCACCUUAUUCCCAGAACUUUCCAUCCUUUUUCGACAGCUUGAGGACAACAAACGAAGUGCUCCGCAGGUACACGAAAAGUGUGUUCGGGAUUGCUUGGUUGCCAUGGAAGUUGUUCUACAGCCUUCGUUUGAGAUCAUAUGGGGUUUGUCUCUGAAGCCGCUGGUUCUCCUUCUAUUGCAAAUGGAUUCUCACGGGGAACAUGUUUGUCGUUGUAUGAAGCGCUUAGUUGUGCUUGGAGCCGAGAUGUCACAAGACGGGACUCACAGAAUUGACGUUAAUGGUGCUAUUUCGUAUCUGGUGCAAGGGUGCGGAUUAGAGAUUCUUUGGAAGCAAAUUGGAUUGUCUGAAGCUUGCCAUGUCAUCCAUGAGGACGAAGAAAAGAACGCUGUUGCGCAAAACGUACUUUGGCUUCUGCAGCUCAUGAAAUCUUCCGAAACGGGAAGAGGUGAAACAAAUCUAAGCCUCUCUUUCUUUCAACAAACCGUUUUGCCAUUGGCGCGGUUCUAUGAUUCUCAGACAGCCGAAGGUGCUGGAAAGUCGCUGAAACGGAAAAGAACGGUCGUUGCACUUUGGGCGCUGUUUCCUUCCUUCUGCCGAUGUCCAACAGAUCUUGAGUCUGUGUUCCCUGGCUUGGCACCUUUGUUGGUUCGGGCAAUGAACGAUGAGCGAUAUCCCGAACUUGUUGCUAUCAUUUCAUCAGGACUGAAGACACUUGCUACUGGAGUUCGCGAAAGGAAGUUGGGGAAUGGAGAGCUUGUCGACGGCGAAGAGGUGUCCAGGCUCCGUCGCGAGGCAGAUCUUUUGGAAGUGGUGUCCGAAAAGUUGAUUCCAUCUCUUUUCAAACUAGUCGAAAACAUCCAUGCGAAGGAGAAGGGAGAUGUGGAACAAAUGGAAGUUGAAGGCAGCGAGGAAAGAUAUGUUGACAAGUCACAUAAAGUACGAUCGUUGACUGACGCAAUUGCAUCACUAUCGCAAUUAGGCCCGCAACACUUGAUUCAACGCCUAUUCUCAAAGAUUGUCCAGAGACUUCUCGAAGCGUCUCAGGCCGACGAAGAUUUGUCAGAACAAAUGUGCAUGUUGCUUACGCUCGCUCAAUCACUAGUAGUCUCUGAGAGUCUGGAGCACAGCAGCAUUUCCUUGCUGUUUCGCUGUUUGAAGCCGUUGAUUAGAUCUGACGAGACAAAGCCAAGAGUCCAAAAGCGCGCUUACAAGGUCCUUGCAGAGAUUUGUCAGCGCCGCGUCGACUUCGUGCGAAAGAGUGAGCAGCUGAAUGACACCUUCCAACUUCUCACAUCAUCACUACAGACAUCGCAAGUCUCUUCCCGGUUAAUGCGAAUCAAGUGUUUAACUCUGGUUGUGGAUUCUCUUGACAAUCCAAACGAAACAGAGAAGAAGCAGAUCCUUGCGCUCAUUGGCGAAACGUUGCUUUCCCUUAAAGAUUCGAAUGCAAAAACAAGAGAUGCAGCAUUGAAGCUUUUAUUGUCAAUAACUGAAGUACAAGAGGACAUCGUCCUUGUUGUCACUUCGAUCAUAGCUGCAGCGGGUUCUGCAACGUCUCACAUGAGAUCUGCAGCGGUGAUUGCUUUGUCAAGGAUAAUAUUUGAGUAUUCAAAGGACGAAAACUUGUUGUCUUUGCUUCCAACGUUACUGAAAACCGUUCUUGUUCUGUCUGAUGAUCCCUCAAGAGAGGUCACAAAAGGUUUUGUUUGUUUUGUGCGAGUGGCAGUAGUUGUGAUUCCAAAAGAACAGAUUUUUCCGCUACUUCCAGACAUACUUCAAAGCCUUCUUGGUUACCAUCGCGGAAAGGAUAGGUUUCGAUCAAAAAUCAAGAUCAUCAUCAAGAAGCUUGUACGAAUGUUUGACUAUGAGACGUUGAUGCCUGUUGUACCAAAGAGCGACAGUCGGUUGUUAACUCAUAUGAGAAAACUUUCUGAACGGGAGAAGCGGCGCAGACUUGCACGCAGUUUAGAGCGGCCUGAGACCUUGGAAUAUAAUGAAAUGGUUGAUUCUGAUGAAGAAGAUUCCGAUGAUGGUCGGACUCUUUUUACGAUGGCGACGAAGAUGACCAAGCGAAGCCGAGCCGACAGUAGGAACCAGCGAAGCUCUGCCCACACCUCAGCUUCCGCAACCCGCAACAAAGCAGUUCUGAUCAAGAAUGAUACAGAAGGUCUGAACUUGGAGGUUGGCAAGUUGACCCGCAAAACAUAUGGAGCUUCUUUUUCAGAUGAAAGCGACUCGGAAUCUUUGAUUCAAUUCGACAGCUCUGGCAGGCUUGUGAUCUCGGAAGAUAAAUUUGCUGAUCAGUCCAUGACCAAUGCUGAUUCUACUGUGGCCAAGUUCUCGAAGACGGAAAGUGAGGCAAACCGAAAGAAGGGUGGACAACGAAAGUAUCAGCAGAAACUUGGAGCACAGUACAAAGCACGAGGUGCCGGAGGUGAUGUCAAGAAGAAGGGUCAGAAGUACAGUCCAUACGCAUAUGUUCCUUUGGAUGGACGAAAUUUCAGCAAGAAAAAUCGUGAACAAGCAGUGAAACAGAUGAGCGACGUUGUCGAGAGAGGCAGAAAGCGUCAGAAGCGGUAA